CGCAUGUGCAGUCCUCUUGCUGGCGCAGAGUAGUGGUUCCCACCAAAACAAGGAGCUAGUUCUGACGUUGUUAACAACCUUUGUAAUACUUUGUAAUAAAACAAUGACACUGCCUCUCAUUUUAACAGAUGAGAUAAGUACGUGUAAACAAUACUAUCAUCCAGCAAGUCUGUGAUGUUUCCCGUCGACGAUGUUAUGUCCAGGUACAAGUUUGCUAGCUAAAUAGCCUGGAAGCUCGCUAGCUCAAGGUAACGUUAGCUAGCCAGUCAAGUUUUGAGAACUUUUGGGAGACGUGAUUCACGCAGAACUUGGAACCUCCUUCAUUGGUACGAUGAAGCUUCAGUGCGAUGUCGAAGUGAUCAAUCGGAUACUGCCUUCGUUUGGGAUGAAAAGCCGAGGCAAAGGAGCAAGGGCAGUGUUGUCUAUUGGGAGACACGUAGACAAGACAACGCAACGAACUGGCAUCUAUUUGUUGGUCUGUACAGCAAAAGACAGAGCUGGCUCAAAGUAUAAGCUGAAGGAGAACAUUGAGAAGUUCUUUACAAUGUUCAUGGAUGAAGGCAAAGCCACUGUCAGACUCAAAGAGCCUGCUGUGGACAUCUGUUUAAGCAAGGCUGAUGCCAACAGUCUCAAGAACUUCCUCUCCGCUGCGCGCCUGGCUCACAGAGGAAGUGAUGCAGACACCAUGCCUCUCUCCACCCUGACGCCGGUCCGUGCCCGCGAUGUCGAAAAGCCCAAGAAGAAGCUCGUUGUCAUCUCCAAGAAAGACUACCCACUCACUUCCAACUUCCCCUACUCUCUCGAGCACCUGCAGGUGUCCUACUGCAAGCUCUCCCGUGUGGACAUGCGCAUGCUCUCGCUCAAGCUGCUCCGCAAGCUGGACCUCAGCCACAACCACAUCAAGAAGCUGCCCGCCACCAUCGGCGACCUGAGCUCGCUCGCUGAGCUGGUGCUUCACAACAAUCACCUGGAGACCUUCAGCCCGGCCCUCUGUCUCUCCAGCCUCCAGCGCACGCUCCAGCACCUGGACCUCAGCCAGAACCGCCUCCAGGCCCUACCCGCCGAGUUCUCCCAGCUGAGGGAGCUGGUCAACCUAAAGCUGGACGAUAACAAGCUCGCGUGCCUGCCCUUUCGCUUCGGGCAGCUGUCGAAGCUACGCUACCUCUCUGCCGCGCACAACCAGCUGGCGGUUCUGCCCAGUGACUUCCGGAAGCUGUCACUGGAUAACCUGGACCUGUUUGGCAACCCGUUUACACACCCCAAUCCCUUUGACCACACCAUUCAGCUCAAGUUUCCUCUCACGCUGCAAGAACUGGCUGCCAGGGCUGUAGUAAAUCUCAGAAUCCCGUAUGGACCUCAAAGCAUCCCUUUUCACCUGUGCCCCGAGCUGGAUGCUGCCAAGGUGUGUGACUGCGGCCGCGUCUGCCUCGACUCCUUCAUCCAGACCUCAGUCAGCAUGAACCUUCACCUGGUCUCCCACACGGUGGUCCUGGUGGACGACAUGGGCGGCACAGAGGCGCCCGUGCAGCGCCACUUCUGCUCGCUCAUGUGCUACUGCGAGUUCCUUGACAACUGCGUGCAGCGAGGAGUCAGAUGACAUUUCCGAAAAAAAAUUUUUAUUCAAAGCGGUCGAUUCAGCUGGACCUUUUUUCAUUUUUUUGGGGCAGCUAGCCAGCGUGGUGAUAUCAGCCUAUUUGGACAUUGACAUGGGAGGGUGUCUCAAUGCUGUGAUUUUUAACACUGGCCCCUGACGUUAUGCUUUUUUUUUUUUGUCCACACUUAUGUCCACCACUCACGUUCCACUAUUAAGAGGUCAGAAUUUGGAGGCUGAAGUGGCGACUGAUGGUUGAAUGUUUUCUGUAUGUAGUAUGUAUGCUGUCUGUUUGUUUACUCUUGUUUGUUUACUCUUGUUUGUUUGAAAGGAGGGUGCACUUAGAACUGAAAUGAAACACUCCAUUAUCAUACUUGAGUGGAAUGAGAAUACUUUUUUUUUUACUUGUUGUAAUGAAUUACAUGCUUGAAUGAAUAUUGAAUUUCCAAUAAAUAUUAAACAAUA